AUGAAAAUUGUAAAACCAAUUAAUCGUGUUCAAGAUCAUCACGUAACUCCAAUUAAUAAAAAGAAAUAUGAAAAUGAAAAACGAAAAACAUUCCAUGAAAUAUUAAGACCAAUAUUGAAGAUUGUCCAAUUUUUUGGAAUAUUACCAGUUUCUGGGAUCAAUGAAUCACAGCCAAAUAAAUUAAAAUUUUCUUUAUUUUCAUGGCGAUGUUUACAAAGUAUUGUGUAUGUGAUUGGAAUGUGUAUGCUGGGAUUUGCAGAUAGUUUGGAAUUAAUGGAACAGGCUGAUCAUAUUUUUUCGAUAUGUAAUACAAUGUUACAAAUUGGAUCGUGUAUCUCAGAAUCCAAAAUUCAAGCAUACUUUGAGAUACGAUUUAUUCAUGUAUUUAAUCGUACAUCGUUUGAGUAUUGGAAAGCAAUACUAUGUCAAUUACUAAAUAUAACCGCAACUUUCGUAUGGUCAUUUAUUGACGCCUUUUUAAUAAUAAUUAGUAUGGCGUUAACGGAAUUAUUUGAACGUGUUACGAAUAAAAUCAAAAUAUUUUAUUUACAGGAAGUCGAUGAAUCUAUUUGGUCGAAUAUUCGAGAAGAUUUUAAUAAAGUAACAAUAUUAUGUCGUUUGGUUAAUAAAACAAUGUCUGAUUUAAUUUUACUGUCUUUUACAAGUAAUUUAUAUUCGAUUUGUGCUCAAAUACUUCAUAGUAUUAGUCCCAUGAAAAAUUUAUCUGCAAUAUAUUUUUUCUACUCAAUGAUUUUUCUUCUAUUAAGGACAUUAUAUUUGACAUUAACUUUAUCAAAAGUACAUGAAGCUAGUCGGGAUCCAUUACAAUAUUUAUUUCAAGUACCAAAACAAUCAUAUUGUCAAGAGGUUGGACGAUUUGUUACACAAAUUACAUCGGAAGUGAUUGCAUUAACCGGCAUGAACUUUUUUUCUGUACGAAAAGGAAUGAUUUUAUCUGUAGCUGGAACAAUAUUAACAUACGAACUUGUAUUAAUACAGUUUCAUGAAACUGAUCCUGUUGUAGCAAUUGGAACACCAAAAAAUAUUAGCAAUCAAAUAAAGAACAAAAUGAAACUUGUAAAACCAUAUAAUGGAAUUCAGGAUACAUCAACGGCCAGAAUGGAUACCGGAGCAUUAAAGAAAAAUGUUAAAAAUCCACAAACAUUACACGAAAUAAUUAAACCAUUAUUAACAAUGGCACAAUGUUUUGGGAUACUGCCAGUAAUGGGUAUCAGAUCACCAACACCAAAUGAUUUAAAAUUUUCAUUUCGAUCAUGGCGAUUUUUUCAAAGUAUAUUAUUUUUAAUAGCGAUGUGUUCAUUAGCAUCUGGCAAUUUUUAUCAAUUACAUGCAGAUGGUUUAAAUUUUUAUCGAAGCACAUAUUAUUGGCCAAAAUUAAUGCAAGAAUGGGCAAUUAUUGAAUCUCAAAUGAGUAUAUAUUCACCUAGUUUUAAUUUACAUCGGAGAUUAUACAUAACCGCUGUUGUGAUUCUAGUUUGUGCUACAAUUGAAAAUUCAUUAGCAACAUAUUCAUCAGUUGUAAGUGCACGAUUGUGUGUGUCAAGAGGCACUGCAUUACAGGCUUAUUUUGAAGUACGAUUUAUGCCAGUAUUCAAUCGAAUAGCAUUUGCAUAUUGGAGAGGAUUUCUAUGCCAAGUAAUAAAUAUAAUCGCAACAUUUGCAUGGUCAUUUAUUGAUGUAUUUAUAAUAAUGAUUAGCAUGGCAUUAACGGAAUUAUUUCAACGAAUUGUGAAUAAAAUUAAAAGCGUUCAUUUGCAGGCAACUGAAGAAUCAACAUGGCGUAAUAUUCGAGAAAAUUUUAAUAAAGUAUCAGCAUUAUGUCGAUUAACAAAUGAUACUGUCUCUGAUAUUAUAUUAUUAUCAUUUACCAGUAAUUUAUGUUUUAUUUGUGCCCAAAUUCUGCAUAGUAUCAACCCAAUGAAACAUGCUGCUGAUGCAGUAUAUUUCUUUUUUUCAAUGAGUUUUUUAGUAACAAGAACAUUAUUUCUAACAUUAAUCGCAUCGAAAGUAUAUGAGGCAAGUCGAAGUCCUUUACCACUUUUAUUUAAUGUACCUGGCUAUUCAUAUUGUUUAGAAAUUGGGCGAUUUAUACAACAAAUCACAUCAGAAAUAAUUGCGUUAACUGGAAUGAAUUUUUUUUCUGUUCGAAAAGAAAUGGUUUUAUCUGUAGCUGGAACAAUUAUUACAUAUGAGCUUGUAUUAAUUCAAUUUAAUGCUCAAACCGAAGAUCUAGAUUUACCAGCUCCUAAGAAUGUGACACACGCGCUCAUAUUGCCAAACUGUUCGAAAUAUCCUGGAAAUUAA